GGGUAUUUUUUCAGUUCGUAUGGAUUGUCGGUAUAGUUUGUCAUUUUUGUCCACCAUGUUCGUACUGUUUGUAUGUCUAAAAAACACCCGUGUUGACUUUGGGAAGGAGCCCCUCUAUAUAGGGAUGGAGCCUCCAAAGUCAACUCGGGAGUUUUUUCCCGUUCGUAUGGAUUGUCGGUCUAGUUUGUCAUUUUUGUCCACCAUGUUCGUACUGUUUGUAUUGUCAUUUUUGUCCACCAUGUUCGUACUGUUUGUAUGUCUAAAAAAACACCCGGGUUGACUUUGGGAAGGAGCCCCUCUAUAUAGGGAUGGAGCCUCAAAAGUCAACCCGGUUGUUUUUUCUUUUUGUAUGGUUUGUAUUGUUUGUCGGUCUAGUUUGUAUUGUUUGUACAGUUCAUACGUUUGUAAUGUUUGUAAAUCUGUUUGUAUGUUUUGUCGCUCUAGUUUGUACUGUUCGUAUGUUUGUAUGGUUUGUACUGAUUGUAAAUUUGGUUUGUAUACUUCAUAAUUUUCCAUAAUACCCAAACAACCCCUGUCAUUAAUUAAAUAGCCCUUCCCACUUUUUAACCAUUGGAUUGAAGUGUCCAGAUCUAAGGGCUGGGAGGGGCUUAGUCAAGUGACUAAGCACCCCCCCCCCUUAGUCACUGGAUCCGCUCUCGUAUCAGAGCCUCUCCGCGUCCCUCUUGAACGAUGGUGGGGCAAACCUCAACGAGGGUGUUGAGUCCCAAGGGGGGGUAUUUGUAACACCUUAGGCGAAUCCCACAUCGACAAAGCACGGGAGAGAUCCAUGGUUCAUAAGUAGGAAACCGACCUUAACUGACAAGACGCGUUUUGGGGUGUAAUGGAAGAGUUCUUGUGAGAACUCCGAAGUUAAACGUGCUCAGUGUGGAGUACAACAAGGAUGGGUGACCUUAUGGGAAGUCACCUUGAAUUGCACCCCAAGAGUAAAACCGUGAGGGUCGAGGCCCAAAGCGGACAAUAUCUUGUCGGGAAAAGGUUCGGGAUGUUACAAUUACCUUGUUGAGGAUACUCUUUAGUCGGUUGGCUAGGACCUUGGAAAGUAUCUUGUACAGGAUCAAGACGAUAGCAACAAAAAUAAGAAUCCAUGGCCUACUUGCCUAGCUGGCUCCAUUUGCCUAAAUCGUACUGUCUCUAUCUCUGUUUCCUUGGGAAUUUGUUUAGCUCCAUUACUAUUGUUUAAAAAAAAUAUUUAUAGAAUAAUUUCAAUGUCUAAUGGUACAAAUUCAUCUUACAUCUAUACCUUUUUGUUACAAAUUAACAAAUAUGUCUCCUUACUGUUACAGAACUAUUAAAUUUCUUUGGGCUAAUACCACUACAACACCCGAACUAUGACAAAAAUGCCACUUGUGUCCUAUUCUUUUCAAUAUUCUAUUUGUGUCCUGAACUAUGAUACUUUGUGACAUUUGUAUCCUGACAAUUUUGUUGACCGUUAGAUAUAACGAUUGACCAGAUGGUUUUGAAUAUGACGUCAGAUUUGGGCCAACGUGGCAGAAACAUUGAUUGCCACAUAAGAUUUUUAAUUAAAAAAUAAUUAAUAUUUAUAAAAAAAUCUCUUCUCUCUGCAACUUUUCUCCCUCUUCUUCUUGUCUCGAUGGUACAAAGUGUCGCUGACGUUGGCGGCCAUGACGGCGAUGACUGAUGACUCCGGAGGUGGAGACGACUGCGACAAUGGCAACGAUCGACAAGCAGAUCUGAGGAGAUACGACUGCGAUGAGAUUGGCGACGACCUGGAGGAUGCGCAAGGUCGAUGCAGAGCAAGGCAGACAGAUCUGAGGGAGGAGAUGAGAGGGAAUUGGAAUAGGAGUCUGCGACGUGAGACGGACUCGGGUCUGUGCGAUGGUGGUUGUGCGAGAGGAAUCCGAUUUGUGAUGGUGGUCGGCUCCUGAUGAAGAAGUCGUAUAUGUGCGCCUUCUUUGAAGAAGCAGCCAGAUGCAGAGGAGGAAGACGAGCGCCGCCCUCUGCUCGCCGUCUCUUGGAUAAAUGCCUAGAACACUUGCCUAGCUAACCUGACUACCCACACAAACUUACACAAUAAAACCCUCAUAAACUAGCGGCGAGGCUUUCAAGCUCAGCGAAGCGGCAGUGAAGAGGGCAGUGCGGAGUCUGAAAUUGGGGGAAGAUGAUUUGAAGAUGGGUGCUUGGAGAAGAGGGAGAUGGACCAGAGGCAGGAGGAGACUGGUGACUUUGAGUUCGUCAUCGUCGACCAAGCUCUUCUUCAUUGCCUGGAAAUUGCGGAUCCGAACUCACGGCCAGCGGCCCCGUCUUCACCGUUACUGUCGAAAACCCCAAAUCUCAAGAAUGCAGUCGGCUGUGAGAGGGGAAAAAAGGGACACGAGAUUUUUAAUUUUCAUUGUUUUUUUAAUUAUUCUAUUAAAUAAAAAGUAAUUUAAAAUCCACAUCAUCUGCCACAUCAACGCUGACUAGAAUUUCUAUUAAAAACUAACAGUCAAAACAAGUCAAAUCUAACGAAAAAAUAGUUCAGGACAUAAAUGAAAUAUUGAAAAGAAU